AUGUUAAAAUAUUUAAUUAAAACCACCAAAACUCCUGAUGAUGAUACAGGCAAUGGUCUUGAUGAUGAUAUGGCCAAUGAUGAUAAUAAUGAUGACAUUGUAGUUCCCGUAGUUCGCAAUGCAGAAAAAGACCGAAGAGAAAAGCGGAGCGCUGAAGUCAAACGAAAGUACGAAAGUGAAAAACGGUGCCGAAAAUUCUCUGCUAACUGGAAGAAGUCUUUUCCAUGGGUAAAGCUGUCCGACGACAAAUCAAAAAUGUUUUGUGAUAUUUGUAUGCUAUAUCCAACAUUGUGCGACAAGGAUUCAAAGUUUGUAAAAGGUGGAUGUGGAAACUUGCACAUAAAAAGCCUACAGACUCAUGAUAAAAGUGCAGCCCACCAAAAAUGCGUUCGUCACAAUAAGGCCAAAAAUUCAACACCCGGCUCAACCCCUGCAGAGACAAUGAUUCAAAAAAUGAAUGAAAAAGAGUUUGAAAAGAUGCGAGUCUUAUUUCGAAUUGCUCACUCGUUGGCAAAAAAAGGUCGUCCCUUUGAAGACUUUCCGUGGUCUUUGGACCUUCACGAAGCUGCGCACAAUAUAUCGCUAGGACAUACGUACAGAAAUAGCAAACAGUGCCACAACUUUAUAUCGUUUAUUGCUGAAGCUGAGCGAAUGAAAUUGGCAACAGACCUUGCCCGCGUUCCGUUCUAUAGUGUAAUGACUGAUGGAACAACAGACUCCUCCAUAUCUGAAGCUGAAAUUAUGUAUGUGAGGUAAGCGUAAAAAAACAGUUGAGUUCAUUUUUCAUAAAUGGUCAUUGCUGCUGUAUUUCCAGAACUAUGAAUACGUGUUUUUAAAUGGCUGGUGUUUUACUUACGCUUUUUAGAUAUGCUGAGAACGGUUUGAUCAACAACAAGUUCUUACGUCUCAAAAAUGUCGAGCGUGCUACUGCAGAGAAUAUCACGAAAGAGCUAGAAUCGGCUCUGCAAGAAUACGGAGAGCUGAAAGGUGACGCAGUGUACGAGAAAAUGGUUGGAUUUGGAGCAGAUGGUGCCAGUGUUAAUACGGGAUCUAAGCAUGGAAUUGGAGCAAGGCUAACAGAGAAGCAACCACUACUCACAUCUGUCCAUUGCAUGGCACACCGUCUGGAGCUUUCUUUUAAUGAUGUAAUUGGCUUAAAUAACAGUCGGUUUGAAAUCACUCGCUUUUUGGAAAACGUCUACAAGUUUUAUCACAAUAGUUCGUUCAACCGCAGCAUGUUACGUGUGUCUGCAAAAGCGCAUGUAGUUACAGGUAUACCUACAAGAGUCGGUGGAACGCGUUGGGUACCUCAUCUUUAUUUGGCUUUGACCAAUUUUUGGAAGCUCUUUCCAGCCUUGUUGCAGCACUUUGGCGAGGUAUUAUUUAUUUAUUGGCCUUUGGUUUAUGAAUUAAGUACAGGGUGUAUCAAAAAAAUGUAGACCCUUUCAAAUUCAAAUUAGCCAAUUCGCUGAUGCUGUAAUAGAGCGAUCAAAUUGCUACAAUAGAUUACGGCUAAUUUGAGGGUCUACAUUUUUUAUACACCUAACCAUGUAUAACAUUGUAUAAUUAUACCUCGACUGUAAUCAUUGAAUGAUAUAAUUAAAUAUUGAUAGUAUAAUGAUAUUAAAUGCUUUUUCGCUUUCAGCUGCAAAUCAAUUCACAUUCCAGUGAUGCGACUUCAAAAGCUAAAGGAUUUCUGAAGAAAAUGAAGAGUCCCCAAUUUUUAAAAGACACAGCCAUGACAACAGAUAUUGUUAUGCGCCUCAAGAAGGCAUCCAUGUUUCUACAAAAGAACAGCUGUAGCAUAGCUGAUUGCCAGGAAGUAGUGAAGUCAGCUGUCACUAGUUUGGAAAAGUUGAAACAAAAGUAAGUUCUGUUUUUGCACAAUGUUUUGCACAUCUAUUUGUACACAAUUAUACAACUAUUGUCUUGCUACAAUAAUCAUUUAUACAAAAAUUAUUGCCUAUUAAAUUAAACUUAUUAACUUUUUCCUUCCCCUAGUCCUGGUAAUAAGUUAUCAGAAUUCCUGAAAACCAAAGUUUUCCAUGGAAUUUCAAUAUCAUCCGAAGAUGAAGGCGAGGAUGUAGAUCCGGCAAUUGAUGAAACCAUUGCAAGAUUCAAAAAUGUUAUUGACCUUCUGGUCUCAGCUCUCAACAAAAGAUUUGCAUUGAAUGAUAAGCAAAAACAUUUGCAAUGGAUACGCUUUCUUAAUCUUCGCAACUGGCCGGUCAGACAAUUACAAGGUAACCCACCGGCUUACUCGAAAUAUACGAAAUUGUUUUGCACGUUUAACAAUAAUACCUAUUUUUCAGGUUUUGGUGACGAUGAUGUGAAUAACCUCUUAAAACACUUCCUUCCAUAUUUGUCUGCUGCGUAUAAUUCUGCUGAUGUCAUUGAAGAAGACUUUGUGGGAGAAGCCAUGCUGGAAUGGGAUGAGCUUAAAACGAAAAUCUAUGGACGGUGACCAACUAAGCGUUUUUCACUGUGCUGACCUGUAUAUUUCACCUAUAUAUAAUUUCUCAAUAUAUUAUUGUCUCACUUCAGAUAUGGUGGUAAGAACAUUGCAAAAGAACUGACAUGGCAAAGUAUCAAUGUUGAAUUUGGUCCAGAUGCAGAACACUUCCUCCUCCUUGUUGACUUGCUUCUGACCAUUCCUGCUCAUUCAGCUGAAUGCGAACGUGGCUUUUCCCUUCUGAAGACGAUCAAAACAGACUGGAGAAACAAGCUGUCUGAUAGUGCUGUCACUGACCUGAUUCGAAUCACGUUAGAGUGUGCAGAUAUCAAGUUGUUCAACCCAGAUCCAGCAAUACAUGUAUGGAACAAACGUUCUAUUAGAGGCCGACGUCCCAACCAAAAGAGGUGGAGAACACACAAAAAGUCACAAGAACCCCUGGUUGCUGGACCAGAUGAAGAUCUCUCUGUCAGUGAUGAUGCUGAUGCAUCUGAUUCUAGUGAUUCAGAUUGUGAUUCAGAUUCUCACACUGAGACUACGAGUGUCUCAGAUAAAGAUCAAAUUAGCAACAAUGACAUGCUUGAGUUAUUCAACACCGAUUCAGAUGAAAGUGAUUUUGAUGGAUUUUAAAUUUAGAUUUGAGUGCAUACUGUAACGUUACCAUUAAAUAUCAGUGAAGUUGAUAUUAAAUAUCAGUGAAGUUCCUUUUAGGAUUCUAGUAUAUUAAACAUAAAAUGCGAUGGAUGGAAAUGCUUAACUAAGAGUAAGCAUUAAAGUGAUGUUGUGUCUGGCCCUGGGAUACGAAAAGCCAACUAGUUAAGUAUCCCGAUUUGGGAGAUUAUCGGGAGGGAUACCAAAUUUUAAAACCUUGGUAUCCAUGUGGAUACUUAAAAAAAAAUCAAAUUUCAGACCCUGAAAAUGGGUGUCGAUUUAGGAGUUUAAAAAAUAUGAAAACAGAAAUAUUUUGUAUUACAGAAAUACAUUAGUGCCAGCUAGAGCAUACUUAAAGGGGCAUUGUCACGGUUCUACUGCAUAUCCAAAAUAUGCGCAACCUUGAAAAACGACAGCCGCUUGUGUGUUUUAAUACUCUUGGCAUACCUUACGAUAGCCAGAGUAAGAAGGUCAUUUUUAAAGUGCAUAUGUCAGAAUUACCUUUUUUCUCAAAAAUCUGCUGUGGUGAGACAAUUCGAAUGAUAUCUAACCGGAAACAGAGAAAUACUUCCAGAGAAAUUUUAGCUCAAACAUGCCAAAAAAUAGAGUUUCUUAAAACGUGGCCGGCAGAAAAUAGUCUGAGUACGAAUCUCGGCCACAACGUCAAAGAACCUGAUAUUAUCCUGAGAACAGUAUCAGUCUACAUAAGAUACCUUUCUAUAAUAAUUCAAGGCCAGAGGCUAUAAAGAUUAAAGUUUAGGUCUGGAAACGUUUUAAAGUUUAGGUAGGCAAACGGAAACGGGUCAAACUGGAAACGGAUUAAAGUUUAGGUAGGCAAACAUGUGAAGUGGGAGCCAAGCAGUGGAAUCCAUAGCAAUCUAAAGCUUUUGACAAAAUAUUCGACAAAAGUCGAAUCACAACAAAUUCAUGCAAACAGACAUUUAAAUGGCUGGUACAGAUUGCAAAUACUGUCUCCAAUUACAAGCGAGUAACCGAAUUCUUCACAAUCAAGUCAGAGACAUAAAACAAAGACUAGCUAAAGAGAAGUCCAUUGUGAAGGAUUUAUGAUCCAGUAAGUAGUUUAGUGUUAUUUUGUGUGUACUAUGGAAAUUUAUACCAUGUUUUAUAUGACUGACCUCAGUUGUAAAAUUAUUUCCGAGUGUUGACAGUCAUACAUGAGCAAGUAUUUGCACUAUACGAAUAUACAUAUAAUAGGAAGAGUAUUGUAUUGUGCUAUUACUGUAAUAGCUAAUUGUUGAACUAUUACAGACAAGGACAGAAAUUAUUGACCCGAUUGUCGAAUUGAAAACACAAGCCCAAGUUGACCAAUAUUUUUCUUGUAUUUUUCAGACCUUCAAAUUCCUAUGGAAACUGUACAGUCUGGUGACACAGAAGCACCCAUAUCAUCAGAAGAUAUAAGUAGUGUUACUAGUGAACUAAGUGAAGAAGUUGUGUCAACUGAUCCAAAUACUGAAUCUGCAGAUGAUGCAAUUCAAUGGGAUGAUUUGACAGAGAUGGAGGACUCAGAUGAAAGUGAUAAUGAUGAAAAAAGGAGGUAA